UUACUGGUUCUUAAAGAGCUCUCAGAAAGAAUAAUAAAAUGUUCAACUUUGACAUCACCGAAACUACCGCUAAUACUGGAAUUGUGGAGUAUGUGAGCUCUUUCCCUAUGACCGACUACAAGUCCAUGAUCAUUGGAAACAUUUUCUACUUCGUGACGAUCUAUGUACUCAUGCAGAUUAUGAACAGAAGAGAGGAGAGAUUCAACCCUAAGAAGUUCAUGAUUGUGUACAACUUCAUUUGCGUGUGCCUGGCUACUUACUGCUUCUACGGAAUGCUCCGUUACUAUUAUUUGGAUGGAAGCGUGCUUAGCUGCAGCAACAUUGAUUUCGCUUCUGAGAAGGCCAAGCAACUUGUGCGUGUGUUCUACGUGUUCUACAUCCAGAAGUACUGGGAGUUCCUGGACACUUUCAUUUUCAUUCUGCGCAAGUCCUACCGCCAGGUGACGUUCCUGCAUGUGUACCACCACAGCAGCAUCACCAUCAUGGUCCGUCUGUUCCUCUUUGCCUACCCCAACGGUGACAACUGCGUGCCUGUGCUCCUGAACUCCUUCGUGCACAUGCUGAUGUACACUCACUACUUGUGCUCUAUCCUGGGCUUCAAGUGCUGGUGGAGAUCGUACCUGACCAAGCUGCAGCUGGUGCAGUUCGUUCUGAUCACUCUGGUGAACGUGGUGGAUCUGGUGAAGGGCAACUGCCAGAUGCCGCACUGGUUGAACUGGCUGCUGAUUGCUUACAUGGCGACCAUGAUUGUGCUGUUCUCGCGCUUCUACAUCAAGCGUUAUCUGGGUGGAAACGAGGAGAAGCCGAAGAGUGCUUAAGUUUGUACAUUUAGAGGUUGUUC